AUGAGCGAACACGAGCGUAUCAGUUCUCUCGACGAUGACGCGCGAAAGUUGCUUGUGGAUCGGCACGCUGAGCUCGUCAAGGAACUGAACGAGGUGCUUCAGACGAAACAACGUAUACGAGCGGCUUGCGAGGCACGAGCUUGGCCGCGAGCCAGACCCUCGCGCGUGAAUGAGCUGCGAGCUCAGCUCGCUCAGUUGGAGACACGUAGUGAGGAGCUCACGGCUCUGAUUCACCACCUUUCGGAGCUGAUGGCUGGCCAUGACCUCGACCUGCUCGGCACGGGAACCCCGCUACAAGACCAUAGACGGAAUUCUCCCAAAUUGACAACUGCGGAACCGUUGCGCAGUGGAGACAUGAGCGCAGAUGCCGACCCGAUUGAAGCUACGCUUGCUGGGCUAAGCCUUGCCGAGCUAAGAGAGCUCAGUGUUGAACAGAGCGAACAACUGAACGAGGUUGAGCGCCAGAUUCGUCUGUGGCAUGAACAUUCGCAUCGAUCCCAGAACGACGGCCAUACAGGCGAGUCGCUAGCCCGGCUGCGCAUGCUCGAGACCCGAAGAGAAAAGCUGAACAAGUGUCUCGAUGAUAUUGCCGACGCGAUGCUCCAAGUAGAGGAAGAGGAUCUCUGGCAGGCUACUGCUGAGCCAAACGCGAUCUCCUUUCAGACUCGUCAGCAUUUCAAGCAUGACGCGGCCGUUUCUGCUGGGCAGACGGAGCCGCUGCGGCUACAUUCCGAGGACACAGGUCGUCGGGAUGCAACAGCACCCGCACACAUCCACGCAGAUGAAGUACCCACCGAAUCCUGGACAGCGGAAUUCGAACGCGAAGAUAAUCCAGCGUACACGACACAUACGUCUUCACAGACGAUGCCUCGGCCGCAGACGGCAGCAGACGACGUCGUCGAUCCGAGCUCAGCCCAGGAGUAUCGAUCCGCUUCGUUCGAUGACGCUAUAGAACAGUCCGCUUAUCGCAAGCGAACACAUUCCGUUUCGCCUGUCCGCCACUGGGAGUGGGCAGAUGCGGCUGAUACAGCAAGUGCUGCAGCUACGGGAUACACGAGUCGCUAUGCGAACGAACGUGCACAACUCAUCGAUGCUGGCUCGGUGCUGCCAACGCCUGAGCAUGAGCGUCAGCGUCAGCAGCAGCAGCAGCAGCAGCAUCCUGCUGCUACGUCGCGUAUGGCACCAAGAUAUUCAGCCGCGCUCGUGCAGCAACGCGUAGAGCGAGCCCGGGAGCGUUUGGCUCAGCGCGGGGAAGCGCUGCGCAACCUGCAUAUCUCAAGUGCAGGUCUGCAGAACGAUGCCAGCGCCUUUGAGAACUUGUCUGAGCGUCUGGCCCGUAAGAAUCGUCUUUUUGGUGGUCGUUUCUGGGAAUCGUUUCUUUAA